AUGGCACAUACACAUACCGGUACUGCACAUAAAGUUGUAUCUGUUAUCCUCCGCAUUGGGGAGCUUUGCUGCGCUGUGAUUGUCCUUGGGCUUCUCUCUCGCUUCUGUUACCUCAUUAGCAUCGCGCAGGAGAGUGCCGAUGGACGGAUCGUCUAUGCCAUGGUCGUCGGGGGCAUCGGUAUUAUCUACUCCUUCUUUUUUUGCCCGCCAUUCAAAUCUCUCUUCUUGAGCUUUCCGUUUGAUUUCGUACUGUUUGUGAUGUGGCUCGUGGCAUACUGCCUACUUCAGACCAGGACGGGUAGUCACACUUGCUCUUCACGCUGGUAUUACGACUAUUGGGGCUACUAUUGGGGUCGUUUCUGGCGAGUCGGUCCCGUUGGGACAGUUAGCAUCGACAGGGCGGGGUGCGCGCAGUGGAGGACGGUCCUGGCCUUCUCAUUCAUCGCGUGGUUCCUCCACGUUACGAGUGGCAUUCUUGGGAUAUAUGUCUUCCAUACUUACAUCAAACUCGAGGAGACAAAGCGCGACAUCAAGCAUCAUGCAGAAAAACUCACCAAGUAG